AUGCUUCGAUUGACCGCUCUUAUCCGGUCGGCUGGUAGCCGCCUGACAAACAGCAAUGGCAUUGCUCCCAAUAACAACACACUUCGGUCAAUGAGCGAUGCUGUAACUACCAAGAAGGAAAUCAUUGAAGAAAUUUCCAAGAACCACGAUUUGACUGUGGCCGAGUCGGGACGUAUUUUGAACACCGUUUUGGAUACCAUUGUCGAGAGUGUCUGUGAUGACAAACCUGUCCGACUCAGCAAGUUUGGCACCUUUGAGCGCUUCCAAUCCGAGGGUCGCAAUGGUCGCAAUCCAAAUACUGGGGCUCCAUUGUAUAUUCCUCCCAAGAAGCGUAUUCGAUUCAAGCCGUAUUCGUCGUUCAAGGGAAUGGCGAAUAACGACUAA